AUGGCAAAAUCCACAACCCCAAUGAUCGAACAAUACUGGCACAAAGGCGGCCUCUGCGGCGUCAUCUCCCGCGCCGCCCUCCGCACCCUCCAAUUUGUCUUCGCCAUCGUGAUUGCCGGUCUCUACGGCGUCGAUCUAGCCCACACAACAGCGAUCAACGCCCAUGCCGCUUCACAAUGGGUGUACGCCGAGUUCGUCGCGGCAGUGACCGCACUCACCUGCAUCGUGCACUGCUUCGUCACCGUAACCCACGUCGCAUGGUCAGCGUGGGACUUCGUACUCUUCGUGCUCUGGCUGGCCCAGGUGGGCACUUUCGGGUCGAUGUAUGUCUCCAACAAUGUCCUGGAUGAAUAUGAAAAGCAGACGUCGUCGAUUCCUCGCAUGCGCGCUGCGGUCUGGAUCAGUCUGGUCAGCAUGCUGCUGUGGUUUACGACGACUGUUUUGGGUAUUGCAUGGUGUUGCCGGACACGCAAGGUCACACGGCGGACGGAUCAAGUUGAUGCUGGUAAAGAACAGAUACUGCAGAGGGAUAGUGACGUGGAGAGUGGUUUGAUCUGCGACGAGGCGAAAAACGUGGUUGCGAUUCCUGCUGCUAUAGUCAACGAGAAAAUCAUCAAGGAGAGCAUUGACAACAAAGGAAUACCAGAGACAACUCAGUUGGAUUCUGAUGUCGCUCCUCCGCCAUACUCUUGA